AUGUACCGAAAGCUACUAAGCAUCGGAAAAGUAGCCCCCGUACCUUUAACGCCCAUACAACCACCUUACCCCAGCUGGUACAAGCCGGAUCUCACCUGCGAAUACCAUGCUGGUAUAGCUGGACAUAGUAUCCAUACUUGCAAUGCUUUUAAGAGAAAGCUUUUGCAAUUAAUCAAAGCGGGGUGGAUAACCUUUGAAGAUGCCCCUAAUGUGACUACGAACCCUUUACCCAAUCAUGCUUCAGGUAGCGGGUCUGUGAACAUGUUAGAAGUAGAACACUCGGAAAGCUUAAAGAUGCCAAUGGAUAGGAUCUGUCAAAUGAUGGUAGAUGCGAAAUACAAAGAAGCAAUAGACGAAGAAGUUUUCAUGAUGGAGGCACCGAAUAAAGAGGUGUGCCGAGUACAAUUCACUACGGAAAGGCCACCCAAAUUGAUUUUAACCAAACCAAUAGUGGCACAAAAAGGGGAUUAUAAUGUUUUGCCUCAUGACUAUGGGUAUUCUUUUGAAAGCACUCAGUCACCGCCUAUUUUUCAAGCAGAAAUUGGAGGAUUGACCCGCAGCGGCAGAUCUUUCACUCCAGAAGAGCUGGAAAAACAAAGAAAAGCUAAGGGUAAAGAGGGGGUUGAUGUGGCUGAAGAAAUAAACAAUCCUGUCACGGAAGAAGAAACCAAUGAAUUCUUAAAGUUGAUGAAACAUAGUGAAUACAGUGUUGUUGAACAGCUUAAGAAAGCUCCAGCAAAAAUAUCACUAUUGUCUCUAAUUCUAAGCUCCGAACCACACAGACAAGCUCUACAAAAGGUAUUGAACGAAGCAUACGUUCCCCAAGACCUCAAUCAAGAAGCCAUGGAACAUUUAGUGGGAAGAAUCCAGGCCUCAAAUUACGUAUACUUCACCGAAGAUGAAUUGGGUCCCGAUGGUAUUGGGCAUAACAAGCCACUAUACAUUACAGUGCAUUGUAAGGACAUUUUGAUUGGAAAGGUACUCAUCGAUAAUGGUUCCGCUUUGAAUGUCAUACUAAUGCAUAUGUUGAAAGAGAUACUUGUCGAUGAGUCACACAUGAAACCUAGCACCUUGAUGGCCAAAGCAUAUGAUGGUUCACCAAGACAGAUAAUUGGGACCCUAGAGGUGGAACUAUAUGUGGGGCCGCAUAUGUUCUUGAUAACACUACAGGUUAUGGAUAUCCACCCAUCUUACAACAUAUUAUUAGGGAGGCCAUGGAUUCAUGCAGCUGAAGCGGUGGCUUCUUCAUUGCAACAGUGUUUAAAAGAUGGGAAUGUUCAUGCAUUUGAAAUCGUGAACGCAGAAUGGGUUCCUGAAGGUGCAAUACUGAGAAAGCCUAGAAUUCCCGAAACGGCAAGGAUGGCUGCCAAAUGCUUCCUAAAGAAUGGGGCUCAUUUUUAA